AUGCAGAGGCUGGGAUUGGAAUAUGUGGAUCUAUACCUGAUUCAUUGGCCGGUGAGGAUGAAACCAGGAAUUACGGGAACACCAAAGUCGAAAGAGGUCUUGCUUCCCUUUGACAUAAUAGGGACAUGGAAGGCCAUGGAGGAGUGCUCCAGGCUGGGAUUGACCAAGUCUAUUGGCGUCAGCAACUUUGGGACCAAAAAGCUCUCUCAAAUCCUUGACAACGCAACCAUCCCCCCGGCGAUCAAUCAGGUAGAAAUGAACCCAUCUUGGCAGCAAGAGAAGCUGCAAGACUUCUGUAAAGUGAAAGGAAUUCAUGUGACUGCAUGGUCUCCCUUGGGGUUUUAUGGAGCUACCAGCUGGGCUCCAAAACCCUGGAUAGACUAUGCCAUCAUUAAGGAGAUCGCUGCUGCUAAAGGGAAGAGUGUGGCACAGGUUAUACUGAGAUCUAUCAUCCAACAAGGAGAGGUGAGUGCAAUCUCGAGGAGUUUCAACAAGGAAAGGAUGAAGUAUAAUAUUCAAAUAUUUGAUUGGGAGCUAACUGAGGAUGAAAUGAAUAAGAUCAAGGAGAUUCCCCAGCGUCUCGCCGUCACCCAAGCCCUAGAGCGAGGUCUCAUCAAGACUCGCGACGAGUUGUUCAUCACUUCCAAGCUCUGGUGCUCUGACGCUCAUCAUGAUCUUUUUCUCUCGGCUCUCAAAUCGACACUACAGUAA